UCGGUGACGUAACCGUACGUAGAAGGAGAUCAUCUGAACGUUACCAGAUUUCGUAUUUGGGCUGCUAAAGGACUUUAAUAGGCCUAAUUUUUAAAGAAUUAAUAAUGCAGAUACAUUUGUUGAUUACUAUAUUCAGCAUUUGAUAGUAUGUCAUCCAACAAAGAUCCAUUGCUCACUGAUUUAAAAGGGAUAAUUUUAAAGCUUCGUUCAGAAGACAAGCCCAUUACUGAUCAUCAUUUUGAACUUCAGAAUCUGUGUGAAUGCUUUGAGAAGAUUUUCAGAAAAGGUUUGAAAAAUCCUGGUUCUUUAUUUGGUCUUUACAAGAGAGAUUAUUGGAGCUGGAUUGAAUCUCUUCCCAGUUAUACUUUUAAUGAAAGAUUAAAUCCAUUGUUUUCAAUCGCCUUAGAAGAAUGCAGAACAUCACAGAAGGUGCGAACCCACCAGGGUAGGGGCCGCCUUUUUAUUCGAAUUGCACUAACCAAGAAGAUAUUGAGUGUUGCUUUGGAACAUCUUGUUAUGAAUCCAAAAUUGACAGAGUACUGGUAUAAACCGGAGCUGUCAAUCAUUGGCAAUGAAGUCUAUAUAGAAUCAUUGAUGUCUCUCCUAUUCCUUAUAACAGAAAUCAAGUUUGAUUUAAAUGUAAAGAAUGCCAGCUUCCUUGAUGAAACUUGGAUGAUGGCGGUAAUGAAACAGUUUGAAUUGGUACCUUGCAAAGAUCUUGGCGUGUUUAUUAAACACAUCAAUGGCAAAGCAGUUGUCGCUGAAGUAGAGCCAGGAAGCGUCGCUGAGGAGAAUAAUAAAAUUGAAGUUGGUGAUGUUUUUGAUGAACUGUUUGGUGAGAACCUUCAUGGUGCUUCAAAAGGAAAGAUUCCUCGACUAAUAAGAGACCACGAGGGAUGGCCAAUAUAUGUAACUGUUGUCAAGUGUUACAUGAAGAAUGGCCGAGUGUAUCCACCAAUCUAUGAGCGCCUUCUCUGUAUAAAGGAGGAGAUGCCAGAGUUUGAGGUGCCUCAGGACCGUCUUCCCGGAUCUCAACAUCCAGAAUCCUUAGGGAAUGGGGCUCAGCCUCCAGAGCUUGCCAGUGAUGGAAGCACUAUCUAUCGACUGAAAUAUGUUGGGAAUGUGAAUGUUGGUGAGGAUGGUGGUACUUAUAUAAUAGAAAGUGCAAUUAGUAAAGUUAUGGAAGUUAGUGGGACAAAUGAAGAUAAGUUUAAGCCUGUAUCACUUCACCUUGGUGAAACAAAAGUUGCAAUAAUGUCACCUGAAAAUGGUGACAUCAUUUUCCAACAUUCUUACCCUGAAAUCUCAUCAUGUGGUCGGCGACUCGAUGCUGUCAACUACUUUGCUUAUGUUGCUGGUGACACUUCUUGUACAAUAUCAAAGAAUUUUAUCUGCUACGUCUUCUAUGCAAAUGCUGAGGCUGAGAGUCGGACAAUAUUGCGUAACAUCGCUCAAGGUUUUGGAAGAACGACGUGGUUUGUUUGAUGUGAACCGGAAAGCGAUGCCAACACCACUCUCAACAUUUCAUGGUUUACCUACGAGUUAAUGUAAUAUUAGGUAUUACAUUUUAAUAUCAUAUUGUAUGAAUAUGACCUGUAAAAAAACAUGUAAAAUAUUUCAUUAUUUGUAUUGGACUGAAUCUUGUUUUAUUGAUACAGUUUUAAUUGACAGUAUACACAUCCUAUGUUCUACAGGUGGUAGUGUAUAUAAAAGGUCAACCACAUGGUACUGUAGGCAAAGAAAUGUAUGGUAUUGUUAUAUUUAAAUGACUGAAGAUCAUCAGGUUCAGUAAAUAUUUGAGGUGGUAGUUGAUUACACAGCACUGAGGUGCAAGGACAAAGGCAAAGGGACAAAAAAUAGAUUAUAGCAUUUUUGUUUUGUUUUUGAUGCAUGGAAGGGGUAGAUGUGUGGACAUGUAGAAAGGUGGAAUUGUAUUAUGUAAUGUGCUGCUAAAAGUAUAUAUAAUAUUAUAGUAUAAUGUAUCUGUAUUAUUAUUAAUAUUAUAUGCUACUUACAGAUGUACUGUCUUUCAUUAGCUAAAAAAAUUUGAAAAUUUAAUUCCAUAUUUAUUAAUUUGUAUAAAGUAAUGUUUUACCUAUAAUAAAAAAAACUUAAAAAUAAAAAUUACAAUGUCUAAUUUUACAUACAAUGAAACUUCUGCUUCCCUGUAGUAUUUCACAUAGGACCUGAAAUUUGCUGAUAAUUUAAGGAUUUUUUUGAAAACAUGGUUUAAAGAGGUUUGACCCUAACUCUUCAUUUUUGUAGUAAAAUGUUUGUAAUUCAAGAAUAUUUAUUUUUUAAAAUCUGAUUCUCUUUGGAAGUUAAUAACUUGUUUGGCCCCUUUGGAUGAGUUAUUCAAAAUUUUAAUUGAUUUCAGACGUCUUCUUUUAGAUACUGUAUCUUUAACCCACAUAUACAUUAUCCAACUAACCAUGACCCAGAUAUUUAUAUAUCAAUUUUCAAGUGGUCUACUGAUUAACAAUCAUUCAUUUUGAAUAAAGAACGAAGUAUUUAAUUACAUUU